CUUCAACUAAAAGAUGGGAUAUGCUAGUAGUGUUUGGCUUGGAGUUUUGGUAUUCAUUUCAAUUCAUGGCUAUGGCAAUAUUAGACUAUUUGAAGCUUCUUCUCGUGUCAUACAGACACCCGAUCAGAUAUACCGCACUGGUUAUCAUUUUCAACCUGCCAAGUACUGGAUGAACGAUCCUAAUGGACCAAUGAUAUACAUGGGGAUUUACCAUUUCUUCUAUCAGUACAAUCCUUACGAUGCACAAGCAGGUAACAUAGUAUGGGGCCAUUCCACGUCGACCGAUCUCGUCAACUGGACUCCUCAGCCGCCGGCGCUUCUCCGAUCAGAGCCUUACGAUUUCAAAGGCUGUUUUUCCGGUUCUACAACUCUUCUCUCCGGCGGAAAACCGGCGAUUCUCUACACCGGCGUAGAUUUCUCCGAUAACCAGGUACAAAAUCUAGCCGUCCCCAAAAAUUUAGCUGACCCGUACCUCACCGAAUGGGUAAAAUCGCCUUAUAAUCCAUUAAUCGCACCGAAUUCGGUAAACAAAAUUGAUGGACAAAAUUUCAGAGAUCCAACUACUGCUUGGCUAAAUCCUGACGGAAAUUGGAGAAUGGUAGUUGGAAAUCAACAAAACGGGAACGGAAUUGGCUUAUUGUAUAGAAGCAAAAACUUCAUUGAUUGGAUUCAAGCUGAAAAUCCACUGCAUUUUAUGAACAAUUCUGGAAUGUGGGAAUGCCCUGAUUUCUUCCCUGUUUCAACAAUCAGUCAAAAUGGUUUAGAAACUUCCACAAUGGGUCCAAAUGUGAAACAUGUAUUCAAGGCAAGUAAAGCAAGCACUGAUUUCUACACAAUUGGUACAUAUAAUCCGAAUAAAGAUAUUUUUAUCCCGGAUAACAAAUCACUGGAUAUUGGAUUAGGAUUUCGUUAUGAUUAUGGUAAAUUUUAUGCAUCGAAAAGUUUUUUUGAUAGUUCUACUAGUAGGAGGAUUUUGUUUGGAUGGAUUAAUGAAUCAGUAAAUAAUCUUGAGACGAAUAGUAUUAGAGGAUGGGCUGGUCUUCAAGGAAUUCCUAGAAGGAUUUGGCUUCAUAAAUCUGGAAAUCAGCUGCUUCAAUGGCCGAUAGCUGAAAUUGAAAAGCUUCGAAUGAAUCCAGUUAUUGAAGAUACUACUGUGCUUAUGCCUGGAUCAGUACGUGAAAUUUCUGGAGUCAAUGCUACGCAGGCAGAUAUAGAAAUGUCAUUUUCAGCUAAAACGUUGGAAAAGGCAGAGAAAUGGGAAGCAAAUUGGACAAAUCCACAACAAGUGUGUAGCAUAAAAGGUGCAUCAGUAAAAGGUGGGCUUGGGCCAUUUGGGUUACUAGUUUUGGCAUCUAAAGACAUGCAAGAAUAUACUGCAAUUUUCUUCAGAAUUUUCAAAGGAAAUAACAACAAUUUUAUAGUCCUCAUGUGUAGUGACCAGACCAGGUCUUCCUUACACUUGCCUUCUAGUGAUUAUGACAAAACAACUUAUGGGGCCUUGUUGAAUGUGGAUCCUCUUCAAGAAAAAUUGUCUCUCAGGACUUUGAUUGAUCACUCAAUAGUGGAGAGCUUUGGUGGAGAAGGAAAAGCUUGCAUUACAGCUAGGGUUUACCCAACUAAUUUAGCAGUGGAUGGUGCAACCCAUAUGUAUGUCUUCAAUAAUGGUUCACAGAGUGUUGGCAUCUCAAAAUUGACUGCUUGGAGCAUGAAAACAGCUCAAAUCAAUUGAUUAAAUCCAACAUAUAUAGAUUUAUUU